AUGGAUCAGGCUCUGGCUCUAGCUCUGGCGGAAACAAAGGAGGAACUAGCUUUGCCGCUGGCUCAGGAUCAGGCUCUGGCACAUCCUCUACUGGAAACAACGGAGGAACUAGCUUUGCCGCUGGCUCAGGAUCAGGCUCUGGCACAUCCUCUACUGGAAACAAAGGAGAAACUAGCUCUGCCACUGGCUCAGGAUCAGGCUCUGCCGCUGGCUCAGGGUCAGGCUCUGGCACAUCCUCUACUGGAAACAAUGGAGGAACUAGCUCUGCCACUGGCACAGGAUCAGGCUCUGGCACAUCCUCUACUGGAAACAACGGAGGAACUAGCUCUGCCGCUGGCUCAGGAUCAGGCUCUGGCACAUCCUCUACUGGAAACAAAGGAGAAACUAGCUCUGCCACUGGCUCAGGAUCAGGCUCUGCCGCUGGCUCAGGAUCAGGCUCUGGCACAUCCUCUACUGGAAACAAAGGAGGAACUAGCUCUGCCGCUGGCUCAGGAUCAGGCUCUGGCACAUCCUCUACUGGAAACAAUGGAGGAACAAGCUCUGGCUCUGGCUUCGGAUCAGGCUCUGGCUCUAGUUCUGGCGGAAACACAGAAGGAACUAGCUUUGGCUCUGGCUAUGGAUCAGGCUCUGGAUCUAGUUCUGGCGGACACACAGGAGGAACUAGCUCUGGCUCUGGCUUCGGAUCAGGCUCUGGCUCUAGCUCAGGUGGAAACACAGGAGGAACUAGCUCUGGCUCUGGUUAUGGAUCUGGCUCUGGCUCUAGCUCUGGCGGAAACAAAGGAGGAACUAGCUCAGGCUCUGGCUCAGGAUCAGGCUCUGGCACAUCCUCUACUGGAAACAACGGAGGAACUAGCUCUGCCGCUGGCUCAGGAUCAGGCUCUGGCACAUCCUCUACUGGAAACAAAGGAGAAACUAGCUCUGCCGCUGGCUCAGGAUCAGGCUCUGGCACAUCCUCUACUGGAAACAACGGAGGAACUAGCUCUGCCGCUGGCUCAGGAUCAGGCUCUGGCACAUCCUCUACUGGAAACAAAGGAGGAACUAGCUCUGCCGCUGGCUCAGGAUCAGGCUCUGGCACAUCCUCUACUGGAAACAAAGGAGGAACUAGCUCUGCCGCUGGCUCAGGAUCAGGCUCUGGCACAUCCUCUACUGGAAACAACGGAGGAACAAGCUCUGCCGCUGGCUCAGGAUCAGGCUCUGGCACAUCCUCUACUGGAAACAAAGGAGAAACUAGCUCUGCCACUGGCUCAGGAUCAGGCUCUGGCACAUCCUCUACUGGAAACAACGGAGGAACCAGCUCUGCCGCUGGCUCAGGAUCAGGAUCUGGCACAUCCUCUACUGGAAACAACGGAGGAACUAGCUCUGCCGCUGGCUCAGGAUCAGGCUCUGGCACAUCCUCUACUGGAAACAAAGGAGGAACUAGCUCUGCCGCUGGCUCAGGAUCAGGCUCUGGCACAUCCUCUACUGGAAACAAAGUAG